GAGGAGGGCAGCAGUAGCCUUUGAUGCGUCGAGUCUGCCGCAACUCUUAGAAAAAAGAAGACGAAGAAGAAGAAGAAACAACAUUGUGUUGCCUCUGGUUGUAAACUGCAGAGAUUUAAUUCCUUGAAUAAAUUGAAGAAACUUUCACAGCUGAAGAAGAAGCAAGCAGGAGGAAUUACUCCAGGAGAAUACUAAAAUACUAUUGGAAAGAUGGAGUUUGAGGAAGAAACCUUCAAAAUUAAAGAUGAAGAUACAGAGGAACAAACAGAGUCAGUGGAAGCAAAUGAAGACAAACAGCAUCAGUUUCCAACACCUCAUCAUUUCAUAAACAAAGCUGAAGACACCACCAUUUUACAGAAUGAAAAGAGUUUUGUGCAAAACCAAACUCAAAUAAUUGAAGUCAAAGGGUCUUUCAGCUGCUCCGAGUGUGGAAAGAGUUUCAAACUUAAAUCAAAACUACAAAUACACCUGAGAGUUCACACUGGAGAGAGGCCUUAUGCAUGCACUCAGUGUGAAAAGAGUUUUGGUGAUAAAGGAGGCCUAAAUGUACACAUGAGAGUUCACACUGGAGUAAAACCCUUCACAUGCACUCAGUGUGGAAAGAGUUACAAACAUAAUUCAAAACUCAAAGUUCACAUGAGAGUUCACACUGGGGAGAGGCCUUAUGCAUGCACUCAGUGUGAAAAGAGCUUUGGUAGUAAAGGAUGCCUAAAUAGGCACCUGCGAGUUCACAGUGGAGAAAAACCCUUCACAUGCACUCAGUGCGGAAAGAGUUACAAAUAUAAAUCAAAACUACAAAUGCACAUGAGAGUUCACACUGGACAGACGCUUUAUACAUGCACUCAGUGUGGAAAGAGUUUUGUUGAUAAAGGAUACCUAAAUGAGCACAUGAGAAUUCACACUGGAGAAAAACCCUUCACAUGCACUCAGUGCGGAAAGAGUUUUGUAUCCAAAAUGUUUCUGAGAAAACAUCAGUUCUGUCACACUGGAGUGAAAUCAUUCAGCUGUGAUCAGUGUGAUAAAACAUUUGCUUCUGCGUGGAGCAUGAGACAACAUCUUAAUAGUCAUGCUGGUGUGAAGCCUCAUGUUUGCUCUCAUUGUGGAAAGAGUUUUACACUACUAACAACUUUACAAGUGCACGAGAGUAUUCAUAGUGGAGUGAGAUCUCAUAUGUGCUUUGACUGUGGAAAGACCUUUCUUACAUCUAACAGUUUAAAAAAACACCAGAGGAUUCACACUGGAGAGAAACCGUACAAGUGCUCACACUGUGGAAAGAGUUUCACUCGCUUAGAAGGCUGGAAAAUUCACGAGAGAGUUCAUACUGGAGAGAAGCCCUACCAGUGCUCUUCAUGUGGGAAGAGUUUUGCCACAUCAUGUAAUCUACGGACUCAUAAGAAAAAGCAUUGCCCAAAGUUGUCUAAGUGAGCAGUUAAUGUUCAAAUCCAUCACUUACAAGCAGUGGCAGCUGGUUUAAGUUAGCCUGGGAAGAUACAUUUAGUUCAAGUUCAAGUCUGCUUUAUUGUCAAUUUCCACAUGUACAGUACAUACAUACAGAGAAUCGAAAUUGCGUUACUCUCAGACCCCGGUGCAUACAGAUAACAUUAACAUUAAAGCCUAAAAAAAUAACUAGAUCAAAUAUAAAAUGUAGAUACAAUUAUACAAUAAGGGAAUUAUAAAAAAAGACAUAUAAUAAAAAUAAAAGUUAAAAAUAAAGUUAAAUAAAGCAGCGCAAGGUAAAUGACAGAUAUAGUGCAAAUCAAUGAAGUGAACAACAGUGCAGUUAAAGAUUUUUUAGUGCAAAAAAAUCACUUAUUAAAAAUAUCUUAAGUCUGAUUAAAGUGACAAGUGACCAAGAGCAGUUAUUUAACUGACUGAUGAGGUGGUUCCAUGCCGAAUGAGGUAGUGAGCGGUGAGUGAGCAGACCAAUGCUGCACAAGUGACUCGUGCAUGUCAUCAUAUAAU